AUGGUGCAGUGGACAGCCGAAGAGAAGCAGCUCAUCACCGGCCUCUGGGGCAAGGUCAACGUCGCCGACUGCGGCGCUGAGGCCCUGGCCAGGCUGCUGAUCGUCUACCCCUGGACCCAGAGGUUCUUUGCCUCCUUUGGGAACCUGUCCAGCCCCACUGCCAUCCUUGGCAACCCCAUGGUCCGUGCUCACGGCAAGAAAGUGCUCACCUCCUUCGGGGAUGCUGUCAAGAACCUGGACAGCAUCAAGAACACCUUUGCCCAGCUGUCUGAGCUGCACUGCGACAAGCUGCACGUCGACCCCGAAAACUUCAGGCUGCUGGGUGACAUCCUGAUCAUCGUCCUGGCUGCCCACUUCGGCAAGGACUUCUCCCCCGACUGCCAGGCGGCCUGGCAGAAGCUGGUGCGCGUGGUGGCUCAUGCCCUGGCCCGCAAGUACCACUGA